UCUUUCCUACAAUACUAAGGUCGGUUUUAACAGACAAUUCAGCAGCAGAGCACAGAAGGUAAAGAGACAAUGAGUUGUGGAACAGAGAAGGUGGUGUGUGUAACUGGAGGGUCCGGUUACAUAGCGUCAUGGCUGGUGAAGCUCUUGCUCCAACGCGGCUACACUGUCAAAGCCUCAGUUCGUGAUCCAAAUGACCCAAAGAAGACAGAGCACUUACUUACGCUAGAUGGAGCUAAGGAAAGACUUCAUCUGUUCAAAGCAGACUUACUGGAAGAAGGAUCUUUUGAUUCUUUGGUUGAUGGAUGUGAGGGCGUUUUUCAUACAGCUUGUCCUGUUUAUAUGGAUCCCACGGAUCCACAGGCAGAACUAAUUGACCCAGCAUUGAAGGGAACACUUAAUGUUCUUAGAUCAUGUGCUAAAGUUUCAUCUGUGAAAAGAGUUGUCCUAACAUCCUCAAUGGCAGCAGUAGCAUUCAAUGGAAAGCCUCUUGGUCCUGAUGUAGUAAUUGAUGAGACAUGGUUUUCAGAUCCUGCUUUUUGUGAGAAAUCAAAGCUUUGGUACAUGCUUUCAAAGACCCUAGCGGAGGAGGCUGCUUGGAAAUUUGCGAAAGAAAAUGGUAUUGAUAUGGUGGCAAUGAAUCCAGGGUGGGUGAUUGGCCCUCUCUUACAGCCAACUCUUAAUACGAGUGUGGAGCUGGUUUUCAAACUUGUAAAUGGGCAGGACAGAUUUCCAAAUGUGACCCACAGAUGGGUUGAUGUUAGAGAUGUUGCUACUGCACAUAUACUAGCCUUUGAGAAUCCAUCAGCCAGUGGAAGAUAUUGUUUAGUUGGAACGGUUAUCCACUGUUCAGAGUCUGUUAAGAUCUUGCGUGAACUAUUCCCGGAUAUGAACCUUCCUGAAAAAUGUGAAGAUGAGAAGCCUUUUGAGCCGAUCUACAUGGUGUCCAAGGAGAGAGCAAAAAGUUUAGGCCUUAACUUUACUCCUGUGGAGGAGACGUUUAGGGACACCGUUGAAAGCUUGAGGGGGAAGAACUUGAGUACCUGAUAGCGGCAACUCAGCCUCAGCCUCAACCAAAUAAUUAUAAAUAAACUUUGCCUGGCCUUCAAUUUUAAUUAUUGAUGCUAUUGUGUUGAUUCACUUAA